AAGAGCAAAGACCCGCGGACGUCAAUUGACCAGCAACCAUGAGUACAUUUGGAGGUCCCGGAGGACGCCAGAUCAAUGUGAAACCUUCGCCGUGAGUUCUUCCUCUCCAAAUCAUCGUAUGUAUCUGACGCUAACUUCUCCCACAGACCCGAGCGCGGUAGCUUUCCUCUCGACCACGAUGGUACGAUCUUCCUUCCCCGCGCAAACGAGCCCCUCUGCUGGACUGCUUCAGGAGAAUUUAAUUGGGACAUUCGCUGAUGAAUUGUAUAUAGGGGAAUGCAAGGAUGUCAUGAUGAGUUACCUGGCUUGCAUCAAGAAGGUCAAGGGAACGAAUGAGGCGGAGUGUAGAAAUAUUGCGAAAUCGUAUUUGACUUGUCGGAUGGAUAGGUGCGUUUUGAUGGUGUUGUAAGCGCAUGGAGGAUAUCUGCUAAUGGGUAUAUUCUGUCUAGGAAUCUGAUGGCCAAGGAUGAAUUCAAGAAUCUUGGGUUUAGUGAUAAGCCGGAGACGAAGAAAGAUGAUGGCGCGGAUCCUACGAAGAAGGGAGAGUUGAGAUGGUAAUAUGGUGAUUUGGAAAUACCAAGGAGAUAUCCACAAUAAGGCACUAUAGAUACGUGGUGUAUUGGGAAAUUGGGGCUAAGCAUGAGGUAGUGCUGUCAUAUUUUGGAGUUUCUGGGGGAAAACUUGAGUGGAUAAAAGGCUUCUCCCAUGGGUGUGUACGAUUUAUUUGUAUUUUAUAAGAUACUUACAAGAUUUCACAUCAUCCCA